CUCCUCCUCAGCUCUCGCCUUCCGGAUUUGCAUCCGUUAUUAUCCCGUCAGUUUUAGUUCGCUCGAGCUCCUAAUCAGACACACACAUCGUUCGCAACGAUCGAUCACGCGUUCCGGUUGCGGUGUAAUGCCAAACGCGCCGCGCGCGCUCCUCCUCCACGGACGAAAACCACACGGAGGAGCGAUUCGAGAUCACGAUUCUGCAGUGCUGGAAUCGCCAGUUUGGGCAUUUUGGGCAUUUCUCAGCGGCAUCUGAAAAGGAAAGCCAAUCAUGACGGCCACUAAAGAGCAGCAAAGCCAGAGACCGAAUCCGCAGGACGAGGAUCUGGGUGGCAUGAGCCCACCUCAGAGGAACUGGAAGGGGAUAGCGAUCGCUCUGCUGGUCAUUCUGGUGGUGUGUUCUCUCAUCACCAUGUCUGUGAUCCUCCUCACUCCAGUGGACACGCAGCCGGGCAGUGACACCAAGCUGGCGGUGGAGGAUCUCUUCAGUGCAGAUUUCAGCGUUCAUGACCCUGAAGCUCUUUGGAUCAACGAAUCUGAGGUUAUCUACAGAAACCACAAUGGACAUGUGAUCAGGUUUAACAUCCUCACGAACGAGACUGAGAUCGUCCUGAAGAACGUCACAUUUGACACUUUUAAAGCCACCAAAUACUCUUUAAGCCCGGACAUGAAGCAUGUGCUUUUCGCCUACAAUGUUAAACAGGUUUACCGGCACUCAUUCACGGCGUCCUACAUCAUAUACAACAUUCACACCAGGGAGGUUUUGCAGCUGGAUCCCCCAGAGGUGUUGAACUCUAAACUGCAGCAUGCGGAGUGGGGCGUUCAGGGCCAGCAGCUGGUGUACAUAUUUGAGAAUAAUAUUUACUAUCAGUCGGACGUCAGGAGUAACUCUCUGAGAUUGACCUCAUCUGGGAAGGAGGGCAUCAUCUAUAACGGCAUUGCUGAUUGGCUCUAUGAAGAGGAGGUCCUGCACACGCAUGUGGCGCACUGGUGGUCACCUGACGGCGAGCGGCUGGCGUUUCUGGUCCUAAAUGACAGUCUGGUGCCAAACAUGGUGUUGCCCUCUUUCACUGGCUCUACGUACCCGAAAGGCAAACAGUACCCGUAUCCGAAGGCUGGGCAACCCAAUCCAAUGGUCAAACUAUUUGUAGUCAACCUGUACGGCCCGACACACACGCUAGAACUCACACCACCAGAUGAACUCAAGCUCAGGGAACACUAUGUGGUGAUGGUGAAGUGGAUCAGUAAGACCAAGACAGCAGUGCGCUGGUUAAACCGACCGCAGAACGUCUCCAUUCUGACGGUGUGUGACUCCACCACUGGAGCCUGCAUCAAGAGGCAUGAGGAAACAUCAGAAGUUUGGCUCUCGAAACAGAACCAGGAGCCGUUCUUCUCACGGGACGGCAGCCGCUUCUUCCUGACGGUGCCGGUGAAGCAGGGGGGACGCGGAGACUUUCACCACAUCGCCAUGUUCACCUCUCAGGUGCGGGCGGAUCAGAAUGAGGUGCGUCAUCUCACGUCAGGCAACUGGGAGGUGACGCAGAUUCUGGCUUACGAUGAGAACGCACAGACCAUAUAUUUCCUGAGCACCGAGGGCUCCCCGACCCGCCGGCAGCUCUUCAGUGUGUCCACAGUGGACUUGUUCUCCCGGCGAUGUCUGACCUGUGAGCUGAUUAAAGCUCACUGCACGUUCUUCAGUGCCGUUUUUAGCCCGACCAACCAACACGUCCUUCUGCACUGCAAAGGUCCAGGAGCGCCGACAGUCAUCAUACACUCUCUCAACACUGCCAGUUAUUACAUCCUGGAGAAUAACUCGGUGCUGAAAGCUGCUCUCAGAUACAAACGCAUCCAGCUGGUCGAGUACAGGAGCAUCCAGACCGACCACUUCGAUUUGCCGCUGAAGAUCGCCUAUCCACCCGAUUUCUUGGAGUCCCGCAGUUACGCUCUUCUGCUGAUAAUUGAUGCUGCCCCCGGUGGUCAGCAGGUGAAUGAGCAGUACGCAGUGGACUGGGACUCUGUGCUGGUCAGCUCGGACAACGUCAUCGUAGCUCGUCUGGAUGGCCGGGGAAGCGGUUUCCAGGGUCAGAAGAUUUUGCAGGACGUGCACAAGCGCCUGGGAGCCGUCGAACUGCAGGAUCAGCUGGCCGCUGUUGAGUACAUGCUGAAGUUUCCGUACAUCGAUCGAACCAGGAUCGGUGUGUUUGGUCGGGAUUAUGGGGGAUAUAUCACACUCCUUCUGAUCAAAUCCACUGAGAACUUGUUUAAAUGUGCAGUGGCCAUGUCGCCUGUGACAGACUGGAAUUUGUAUGCCUCGGCGUUCUCUGAGCGCUAUCUGGGACUUCCUCUUCAGGACGACAGCAGAUAUCAGUUCUCCAGUGUCCUGCAGAAUCCACAGGGUUUCCGAGACCAAACGCUGAUGCUGCUGCACGCCACUGCUGACGCGAACAUUAAUUUCCAGCACACAGCCGAGCUCAUAAAGAACCUGGUGAAGGUGGGAGCGAAUUACACACUGCAGAUUUAUCCAGACGAGGGCCACUUCCUGUCUAAGAGCAGCGAGAGACACGUGGCCUCGACACUGACCAGCUACUUCAGAUCCUGCUUGCAGGACGAUGGGCUUCCCGUCAGUGAGGAAGAGGAGGAAGAGGAGGAGUAGAGCGGAGAUGACACAAACACACACUGACACACACCACAAUGCACACACAAACACUCGGGACAGUGAAACACACUGGACGUUGAGACAAACAUCCAAAGCACAACGCUCAAGUAAACAGCGAGAGCCAGGAGUGUGUGUGUGUGUGUUUGAACAUGUACAUAUGCAUGUGUGUAACAGUUUGGAUGAUGUAUGUAUUAAAGCUGUGUGUGUGUGUGUGUGUGUGUGUGUGUGUGAGAGAGAGUGAGAGAGAUAGAGUUUCUAUGUUCCUGGCCACAGGAUCAUUAUCGCUGGAAAUGGAUCAGAAUGUUUCACAUAUCAUCAUGAGUCACUAUAAUUGGCCGACGCAUUGGCCAAUCACAGCACAACAAGUCCGCCAUUGCAUGGUCCUUUUGCUUUGCUUCACUUCUUUUGCCACUUUUGUGUCUCAGUAUGUUUUCACCUUCCGGAGGAGCUGCAUUCGGUUUCAUUUCUCACCAUCCGUGACGAGCUCUUGCUGUAAAUGCAUCUGUCGAAAGCUCACGGAUCUGCGUGAAGAUCAGCACACGUGCAGUGCAUUCUGGGACGGAUUGUACAGAAGACUAAGAACCUGCAUCAGAUGAAAGAACGGACAGAUUAUUUGUCUCUGGAGGGCUUUUGUAUCGCUGACUGUUUAGUUUUACUGGUGGUGGGGGGGGUGAUGGGUCGGGUUUAUUGUUAUUGUUCUCUAGUCAUGUCUAUAAAUAAACAAAUAGUCCA